CUUGAUCUUUCUUUUACUCUUCACCUCUCUCUCUUUUAUCGUCUCUCUGCUCUGCUCUGCUCUGCUCUGCUCUCCUCUCUUGUGAAUUUUGCAAGAACGAUUGAUUUAAUUUAAUUUUGUUUUGGAAAUCCUAACUUCACUCGUUUGAAAGGCUUUCGAAUUUCUACUAAUUAAUACUUCUCUCUACAUUUACACUCUCAAAGAUUUGGUCCAUCCCAUCUUUGCUCUCCCAUUUGCUCUCGUUUUUGUUCUUGGUAUUUUGGACUUGAUUUUUCUCUCGUAGAAGACUUGUUUAUAGUACUACCUACCUACCUACCAAUUACUUAAUUAAUUUUUGGAGGAAAUCAAAAAUCAUGUUGUCUGCUAUGAUUCCCACAACCGUCCUCGCACUUUGCGCAACCGUUACACUCGCUGUACAAACGAUUGAAAUCCAAGGUUCCGAUUUCGUCAACUCUGUUACCGGUGAUCGAUUUCAACUUUUGGGUGUCGCAUAUCAACCAGGUGGAUCUUCAGGUUAUAACCCUGCGAGCGGUGUUGAUCCUUUGAGUGAUGGAGCCGUCUGUUUGAGAGAUGCCGCUUUGAUGCAACAAUUGGGUGUUAAUGCUAUUCGGGUCUAUAAUGUGGAUGGAAAUCUUAAUCAUGAUGAGUGCGCCAGUAUCUUCAACGAGGUCGGCAUUUAUAUGUUAAUUGAUGUCAAUUCUCCCUUAUCCGGCGAGAGUAUCGAUAGAAGCUCUCCAGCAACCACAUACGAUGUUUCAUACUUGAACAGAACUUUCGCAGUUGUUGAGGCCUUUAAGGAUUACCCAAAUACUUUACUUUUCUUUGCUGGAAAUGAAGUUGUUAAUGAUGAUGAAACUGGAGGAAGCGUUCCCCCAUACAUGAGAGCCGUCACUCGUGAUCUUAAGAACUAUAUCUCAAAGCAUGCUUCCCGCUCCAUUCCAGUCGGUUACAGUGCUGCAGAUGUUCGCGACAUUCUCCUCGAUACAUGGAAUUACCUUCAAUGCACUACUACCGGAGAUGACUCCGAUCCAUCAAGAGCCGAUGUCUUUGCUCUCAACAGUUACUCAUGGUGUGGAGACUCUUCAUACACGACUUCCGGUUAUGAUGUUCUUAUUUCGGAUUUCAGCAACACUAGUGUUCCCGUUUUCUUCUCUGAAUAUGGUUGCAAUGUUCCAGCUCCUCGUGUUUUCACAGAAGUUCCAGUUCUUUACGGUCCAUUGAUGACUCCAGUUCUUUCCGGUGGAAUGGUUUAUGAAUUCUCUCAAGAAACCUCAAACUAUGGAUUGGUUACUAUCAAUGAUGAUGGUUCCGCUCAACUCCUUUCCGAUUACAACACACUCCAGGAUCAGUUCAACACCCUUAACAUUACUAGCAUUCAAGGAGUCAAGGCACAAAACACCACUACAACCGCACCAUCCUGUGAUUCAUCUCUCAUCACUAGCACAACCUUUGCCAAUAACUGGACUAUCCCAGCUGUUCCACCCGGAGCUGAAGAUCUCAUCAAUAACGGUAUCAAAAAUGCCAACAAUGGAAAGAUAAUUUCGGUUUCAAACACCAAGGUCACCCAAAAAGUUACUGAUGUUGGAGGAAAUACUAUUUCUGAUCUUGCCAUCAAACCAUUAGCAAAUGACGCAAGUAACACACCAUCCGGUGAAUCUACUGGCUCAAAUGCUACAUCUAGUUCUACAACUUCAUCUUCAUCUUCAUCAACUGCUACUGGUACUUCAUCCGCUGCUAGUUCUACAACAACCAAGAAGAGUUCGGCUAGAAAAAUUGAAGGUAGCAUGAUUGCUUUGGUAGCUGUUCUCGGUGUUGGAUUAGUCUUGAUCUAAAUUCACUCUUGAUACAUUUUUCUUUUACAAUAUUUCGAUUCUUGCACAUAUUUUAUUUUUAUCAUUAUCGCAUGCAUACGCAUUUUCAUUGUACAUGAUGUGGCUGGAUUCCACCGAAUACUAUAAGUCAUGAGAUGUGUAAUGGGGAUGAUUUUCUUGGGGAAUUUUGUUUAUGAUGGUAUAAAUUGGUGGAUUGGUGGAUUUGAUUGUGUUAUUUGAAGAAUGAUACUGGAUUUUGAUGGUGAGAUUUUGGGGGAUCAAUUUUGGAGGGAGAUUUUGGGGAUUUGGGAGGAAGUCAUAUUUUGAGGAGGAUAUGCCUAUGUAUGGGCUUGAUGUUUUUAGGGUGAUGGUUUUGUGAAUCAAGGAAAAUUAAUGGAUAAAUGUGAUACCUUUCUCGAGCAUA